AAUUGAACAAGAUAAAGAAAAUCAACCGAAUAUAAUGAAUAUUGAAAAUAUUAAAGAGUUGAAAAAUUAUGAAAAUAGCAAUGAAGAUUUAGAUGAUUUAUAUCAAAACUAUGAAUUAUAUCUUACUAAAGCACUUAAAAUUGUACAAGAGCAAAAGGCAAUACAAAAUUAUAGAUGGGCAAAAUCUGUAAAAAGCAGUUUUGCAGGGUUACAAAAAAUGGUAACAGAUAUUGAAACACAUAAAAGAAGAACAACAAAUCCUUGA